UCUCUCACCUCACUUUUUCCAAAAAAAAAAAAAUGGAUUCUUCAUCUUCAAAAAAAAUUCUUCUUCUCUUUGUUACAUUCUUGAAUUUUUUCUACAUUUUAUUAGCAAAAAAUACCCCUUUUUCUAUGUCAUUUCCUCUUAUUUCAACACAAUUAUCACAUAAUUCAUCAUCUAAAGCUCUUUUUCUUUCAUCCCUUAUGGCAAAUUCUCAUCAAAAUACAAAUACAAAAAUUAAGCCUAGAGUUCCAUCUUUGAAUUAUAAAUCAACUUUUAAAUAUUCUAUGGCUCUUAUUAUUACACUUCCUAUAGGUACACCACCACAAAAUCAACAAAUGGUUUUGGAUACUGGUAGUCAACUUUCUUGGAUUCAGUGCCAUAAAAAAAUUCCAAAAAUACCCCCGCCAACGACGUCGUUUGAUCCUUCUUUGUCCUCUUCUUUUUCCGUCCUUCCUUGUAGUCAUCCUUUGUGUAAGCCGAGAAUUCCCGAUUUUACCCUUCCAACGUCGUGUGACCAAAAUCGGUUGUGCCACUACUCGUAUUUUUAUGCUGAUGGUACUUUGGCUGAGGGUAAUCUUGUCCGUGAAAAAAUUACAUUUUCACGUUCCCAAAGUACCCCUCCUUUGAUUCUUGGUUGCGCUACCGAGUCCGAUGAUGCUGAGGGUAUUUUGGGAAUGAAUCUUGGAAGGUUCUCUUUUGCCUCCCAAGCCAAGGUACAAAAAUUCUCGUAUUGUGUGCCAAUUCGACAAGGUAACCAUACGGUUAAACCUACCGGAACAUUUUACCUAGGGCAAAACCCGAAUUUUCGUACAUUUCGAUACGUAAAUUUGUUGACUUUUCCUCAAAGUCAACGCAUGCCUAAUUUGGACCCCCUAGCAUACACAGUUGGUAUGCUAGGGAUAAAAAUUGGCGAAAAAAAAUUGAAUAUCUCUACGAGGGUUUUCCGGCCAAAUGCCGGUGGUUCUGGCCAGACGAUUGUCGAUUCGGGCACGGAAUACACUUUUUUGGUGGAAGAAGCGUAUAAUAAGGUGCGAGAAGAAAUUGUUAGGUUAGUUGGUCGGAAAAUGAAGAGAGGUUACGUGUAUGGGGAAGCGCUCGACAUGUGUUUUGAUAGCGUCCAUUCAAUGGAAAUCGAACGUUUGAUAGGUGACAUGACAUUGCAAUUUGAAAAUGGAGUUGAGAUUUUAAUCAAUAAGGAAAGGAUGUUAGAUGAAGUGGAGGGUGGGAUCCAUUGUGUUGGGAUCGGACGGUCAGAAUCACUUGGUAUUGCAAGUAAUAUUAUUGGCAAUUUUCAUCAACAAAAUCUAUGGGUAGAAUUUGAUUUGAGAAAUCGAAGAGUAGGGUUUGGGAAAGGUGAGUGUAGUAUGCAAGUGUAAUGGGCAUUAAUUAUAUACUAUGGUAUAUAUUUCAUGAGAUUAUAUUCGAAGAGAUCGAAGGUCUAUCGUGACCUAAUUUUCUGAAUAUCGCUUGCUCAUUCUAUAUAUAUUGGAUGAUAAUAUGGCGCUGGCCGUGGCUUUAGUCUUAAUUGCAUGUUCGAGGCUACAAAGAGGUUCAGAUUAGUAAUACUAUGAUUCGAGUUAUAUGAUAUUUUAAUCAAUGGUCUCGAGCUAGAAGAGGACUUAGGUCUUGUGCAGUGUAAAAUAGUAAUGUAGUAGUAAUAGAUGAGGAUGAGAACAUAUAAUGUAUGAUAUGUAUAUGUACUUGAUUAAAUUUGCAAUUCUUUUAUUAUAUGUAUUAUUUUUUUAUUUCUA